UUCUGAGACGACGAUACGAAAGUGAGAGAGAGACCGACCAUAAAACCCUAAGAAGAAUCGCUUAGAGACGAUAAAAAAAGUCUUUAAAAACUCGAUUUGUUCACGAUGAUUGUCCCAGUUCGUUGCUUUACUUGUGGAAAGGUGAUUGGGAAUAAAUGGGAUACAUACCUUGAGCUUCUCCAGGCUGAUUACGCCGAAGGGGAUGCUCUAGAUGCGCUUGGGUUAGUCCGUUACUGUUGCAGGCGUAUGCUUAUGACUCACGUCGAUCUAAUCGAGAAGCUUCUAAACUACAACACUAUGGAAAAGUCUGACCACAACUAAAAAAGAUGCACUACAAAAGUGAAGGAGUGAUGCAUCGGUCUCAUGCUCAUCCAUAUGAAAAGCCUUAUCUUGACUCUCUCUCUCUCUCUCUCUCUCAAUAAUAAACCUCAAUGUUUCAAAAUUUUGUUGAGUUUUCUCAUGUUCUUGUGGGGUUUUAGAAAUGUAAACAACCUUUUGAGCCACAAAUAAAGCUCAAAGCUAUACUAGAUUCUCUGUCAUCUAUUGAAUUUUUGUGACUGUCUCAAGGUUUUAGAAGUAACAAUAGGAUCAAAUUUUGCAGAGAAUAAUAAAACCUUGAAAGGUAAGUA